AUGAACCGAGUUGGACAUAUUAAUAAGGUCUUCAAGCGAUUACCACUCAAUAAUCUGCUUGUAAUUAGUACCCCAUACCAGCUACAAACGGUGCGCUUCAAAUCGAAGGCUGUCAUCACUCCUAUAAAAGAGUAUCAAAGACUGGUGCAGAUUGGUGAUUUAAGAGAUGACCCCUAUCAGCGAAGAGUGAUUAAUUCGUUGUCUUACCUACAUGAAUCAUUGCGUAAAUACAACCCGCCUGAGGUUAGGCGACAAAAUCCACUGGAUCAAGUGGGGUGGCGGGGUAGCAUACUAAGGAAGUUGUUCCGGCGGUCGAAGCCGCUUGCAUAUGACGCAGUAGCGAAGGGGAUAUACUUGUACGGUGAUGUGGGGUGCGGUAAAACAAUGCUGAUGGAUCUGUUCUAUAGCACUGUUCCCUCUCACCUCUCGAAGAAAAGAAUUCACCUGCAUCAAUUUAUGCAAUACGUUCAUAAACGUCGGCAUGAAAUAGUCAAAGAGCAGAACUUGGAUGCCCUAGGUGAAGCGAAGGGCAAGCAGAUCGACGCGAUCCCAUUGUUAGCUGCCGAAAUUGCAAUGCAGUGGAGAGUGCUGUGUUUUGAUGAGUUUCAAGUGACAGAUGUUGCUGAUGCAAUGCUGUUACGGAGACUACUUGCAUAUUUGCUGUCCAACGAAUUUGGUGUUGUUUUAUUUGCCACCAGUAACAGACAGCCAGAUGACCUAUAUUUAAAUGGCGUUCAAAGAGACUCAUUUAUUCCCUGCAUCAAGCUUCUAAAGGAAAGAACUGAAGUUGUAUUCUUAAAUUCUCCUACUGAUUACCGUAAAAUUCCUAGACCUAAGAGCCAAGUUUAUUGUUACCCAGAGCCAGGUCAGCUGUACCGCUCUGAGGAAUUUAAGAACAAACGAGAAGAACAUGUUACACAAUGGUACAAUUAUUUUGCUCAACUAGAAUCUGAUAAUCCCACAGCAAAGCCAGAACCUCGGAAGACAAUUCACAAUUGUGUCUUUAACAUCUGGGGCAGGGAGCUUGUAGUUCCAAAAAGUGUUCCUGGACACGUUGCUCAGUUUACGUUUAAAGAAUUGUGUGGUACACCUCUGGCGGCCGGGGACUACUUAACGUUAGCUAAUUCAUACAAGGCUUUUAUUGUGACAGAUAUUCCAUAUCUAACCAUCUAUGUGCGUGACGAAGUGAGAAGAUUUAUUACUUUUCUUGAUGCUCUGUAUAAUAAUAACGGAAAACUAGCAUCAACUGCAGCUGCAGAUUUCACCUCAUUAUUUGUGGAACCGGAAGAUAUAUUAAACGAUUACCAGCUGAAAAACAAAGAACCAAAUAAGGUCAUUGAGAAUGACACAAUUGAUGACAAAGUUAAGUCGUUAGUAUCAGAACAUGGCUUUUCAAAAGAAAUCGCAAAGAAAUCUGCUAUGUUUUCUUUGGACGAAGAAAGAUUUGCUUUUGCAAGGGCGUUGAGCAGAUUGUCACAAAUGAGCACAACUGAAUGGAUCAAGAAAUAA